CAGAGCGCUCGGCGGUGCAGGCGGUCCCCCGGGGUGAAAUAUUUAUCUAUGAGUCUUGGAGAAACACCAGAGGAAGGAGCAUUUUGAUCGCCAGCAGGGAUUUCAUUCUGCACAUUGCGUUAUAAAUACAUUCCAACAUGUUCAACUUGAUGAAAAAGGAUAAAGAGAAGGAUGGAAUCAAAAAGGAGAAAAAGAAAGAAAAGAAAGAGAGGAUGUCAGCCGCAGAGCUGAAGAGUCUGGAAGAGAUGAGCAUGAGGAGAGGAUUUUUUAACCUUAAUCGUUCAUCUAAACGGGACUCAAAAGCCAAACUGGAAAUAUCUAAUCCUAUACCCAUUAAGGUAGCUAGCAGUUCUGAGCUUAACCUUACGGACAUUGACUCGGAUAAUGUCAGCAAUAGAGGAAGCGCCCUCUAUGAUUCUGAACACCUCAGCACUGCUAGCUCCAGUGAUGACCUAAAGACCGAAGAAAACAACUUUAAGGGUAGUGUGCUUCAGCGUGCUGCUAAAUUUGGUUCCCUGGCUAAACAGAAUUCUACUUCUGGAAUGGCACAAAUGGUCAAAAGAUUCUCCUUCUCCCAAAAGAGCAAAGAUGAAAGUCUGUCUGAAACCUCCACACCUUCAGAGAAUUCUGCUGCUCCUUCUCCGCAGGUUGAAAUCAGAGCAUUUGAUACACAGCUCAGUCAACACUCUGUGCCUUCAGUGCAGGUGACCCCAUCAGAUGAUGGUCCAAACGUCAAAAUCCCAGAAGUUGUGGGGAAAACCUUCCCAGCUGAUUUGAGGCUGCCCUCUGUACUCCCACCUCAGGCACCGGUACCUAGAGAACUGGAGCUUCAGAGGAGAAACACUGGAGAUUUUGGCUUUUCGCUACGUAGGACAACUAUGCUUGAUAGGGCACCUGAUGGGCAAGUGUAUAGGAAAGUUGUCCACUUUGCAGAGCCAGGUGCUGGCACAAAAGACCUUGCUUUGGGUUUGGUUCCCGGUGACCGACUGGUGGAAAUAAAUGGUCGGAAUGUGGAGAAUAAAUCUAGAGAUGAAAUUGUGGAGAUGAUCCGCCAGUCUGGAGAUACAGUCAGGCUGAAGGUUCAGCCCAUUCCUGAAUUGAGUGAGCUGAGCAGAAGCUGGUUGAGGAGCAGUAAAGGUCUACCAAAAGAGGCUAGUGAAGCAAAGACGGAGGAGCAGAUCUCUGCUGAGCAGAACUGGUAUGAGACUGAGAAAGUGUGGCUGGUUCACAAAGAAGGAUUCUCUCUUGCAAAUAAACUGAAUGCUGAAAACAGCAAUCUACCUGAAGGAAAAGAGAAAAUUCGACUGGAGCAUGAUGGGAGUAUACUGGAUGUGGAUGAAGAUGACAUUGAAAAGGCGAAUCCUCCAUCUCACGAUCGAGUGGAAGACUUGGCAUCGUUGGUUUACCUGAAUGAGGCUAGUGUACUGCACACUUUGCGGCAGCGCUAUGGAGGCAACCUGAUACAUUCGUAUGCUGGACCUGCCAUGGUCAUCAUGAAUCCCAUGAGCUCUCCUUCUAUAUAUUCUGAAAAGGUGAUGCAUAUGUUCAAGGGAUCUCGAAGAGAAGACACAUCUCCUCAUAUUUACGGCGUGGCCCAAGCUGCAUACUGGAAUAUGCUGAUGACUCGCCAAGACCAGUCCAUUGUCUUACUGGGAAGUAGUGGUUCUGGCAAAACCACAAGCUGCCAGCACCUUAUUCAGUAUCUUGCUACUGUGUCCGGCAGCACAGGAAAGAUUCUGUCAGCGGAAAAGUGGCAAGCUGUGUACACAAUCUUGGAGGCUUUCGGCAACAGCAGCACUAACUUGAACGGAAAUGCCACUCGCUUUUCACAGAUCAUUUCACUUGACUUUGACCAGGCUGGACAGGUGUCAUCUGCUUCCAUACAGACAAUGCUUUUGGAGAAACUCAGAGUGGCCAGACGUCCGGAAAGUGAAGCUUCCUUCAACAUUUUCUACUAUCUUUUGGCUGGAGCGGACAGCACUCUCAGGACAGAGCUUCAUCUCAACCACAUGGCAGAAAACAAUGUGUUUGGUAUUGCACUUACUUCCAAGGCUGAAGACAAGCAGAAGUCGGCACAGCUGUUCAGCAAACUGCAGGCUGCUAUGAAGAUCCUAGGAAUCUCUGGCGAUGAGCAAAAGGCCUUCUGGUUAAUCCUUGGAGCUAUUUACCACCUAGGGGCAGCUGGAGCCACCAAAGAAGCAGAUGAAGGUGGCAGGAAGCAAUUUGCACGCCAUGAAUGGGCCCAGAAAGCUGCUUAUCUCCUGGGCUGUUCACUGGAAGAACUCUCCUCAUCCAUAUUCAAACACCAAUCCAAAACCAGCACCUUACAAAAGUCAACCUCUUUCCGUCAAGGACUUGAUGAUGCCAGCCAAGGAGAUGGUUCAGGUUCCAAAUUGUCUGCUUUGGAAUGUCUGGAGGGAAUGGCCUCUGGAUUGUACUCGGAGCUUUUCACUCUACUCAUCUCGCUGCUAAACAGAGCCUUGAAAUCCAGCCAGCACUCUCUUUGCUCGAUUAUGAUUGUGGACACCCCCGGCUUUCAGAAUCCAGAGCUGGUGAAACAAGGUCGAGCUGCUACCUUUGAGGAACUUUGCCACAACUAUGCACAGGAGAGACUGCAGGCCCUUUUCCACGAGAAAACCUUUGCACAGGAAUUAGAACGUUAUAAGGAGGAAAAUAUAGAGCUUGCUUUAGAUGAAAUAGAGUCCAGUACAUCUGGCUCAGUAGCUGCUGUAGACCAAGCGUCGCAUCAAACACUGGUAAGGACCCUUGCAAGGACUGAUGAGGCCAGAGGUCUGCUGUGGUUGCUGGAGGAAGAGGCCUUGCAGCCCGGUGGAAAUGAGGACACCUUAUUGGAUCGGCUAUUUACUUACUAUGGCCCACAGGAAGGAGAGGAGCCUGGUAAGAAACCCUUGCUCCGAAGCAGUAAAGAACGCCAUUUCCUGCUGGGACACAGCUACGGAACCAAUUGGGUGGAGUAUAAUGCCUCUGGCUGGUUGAACUAUGUGAAACAGAACCCUGCCUCUCAAAAUGCUGCUUCUUUAUUGCAAGACUCACAAAAGAAAAUAAUUAGCAGCUUAUUUGCUGGUAGAACAGGCACAGCGCUAGUCUUGUCAGGUUCAGUGGCUGGUCUAGAAGGAGGAUCCCAGCUGGCCCUGCGGAGAGCCACCAGCAUGAGAAAGACAUUCACUACAGGCGUGGCAGCUGUCAAGAAGAAAUCUCUAUGUAUCCAAAUUAAACUUCAAGUGGAUGCUCUUAUUGACACUAUUAAGAGGUCGAAAACCCACUUUGUCUACUGCUUUGUGCCCAAAGUAGCAGCAUUUAACAGUGAGACACGACUGGUCCCGGCUCACCGAGUUGGUUCCAGCGAGUCAGAUUUAUCUGGGGAGCGAUGUGACGCAGAGCUUAUGCAGGUUGACGUCCCACUUUUGCGUGCUCAGCUUCGGGGUUCACGGCUUAUGGAUGCUCUACACAUGUACAGACAAGGAUACCCAGAUCACAUGGUAUUCUGUGAGUUCCGACGCAGGUUUGACAUCUUGGUUCCUCAACUGACCAAAAAGCAUGGCCGCAAUUACAUUGUGACCGACGAGAAAAGGGCUGUAGAAGAACUUUUAGAAUCCCUGGACCUUGAGAAGAGCAGUUAUCACAUGGGGCUUAGCAGGGUUUUCUUCCGAGCUGGCACCUUGACAAAGCUUGAGGAACAGAGGGAUGAACAAACUCGCAGGAACCUUAUAUUAUUCCAAGCUGCAUGCAGAGGUUACCUGGCACGACAGCAGUUCAAAAAGAGAAAGAUCCAACGGCUUGCGAUACGUUGCAUCCAGAAGAACAUCAACAAGAACAAGGGAGUGAAGGACUGGCCUUGGUGGAAGCUUUUCACCACUGUCCGGCCUCUUAUACAGGUGCAGCUGACGGAGGACCAAAUCCGAGGCAAAGACGAAGAGCUACAGCAACUGAAAAGCAAGUUGGAGAAGGUUGAGAAGGAAAGAAAUGAAUUAAGAUUGAACAACGACCGCCUCGAGAGCAGGAUCACAGAGCUGAAUUCUGAGCUCACAGACGAAAGAAACACAGGAGAAUCUGCCUCCCAGCUACUGGAGAGCGAGACUGGCGAUAGACUGCGGGUGGAAAAAGACAUGAAGGAUCUGCAGGCUAAAUAUGAUGCUCUCAAGAAGCAGAUGGAAUCCAUGGAAGUAGAGGUAAUGGAAGCUAGGCUGAUCCGAGCCGCUGAACUGAACGGAGAGAUGGAUGACGAUGACUCUGGUGGGGAAUGGCGUCUAAAAUAUGAGCGAUCUCUGCGUGAAAUUGACUUUACAAAGAAACGGAUGCAGCAGGAGUUUGAAGACAAGCUGGAAGUUGAACAGCAGAGCAAGAGACAGCUGGAACGAAGGCUGGUAGAUUUGCAGGCCGAUAAUGAAGAGACGCAGAGAACGCUGCAGCAACUAAAGAAGAAAUGUCAGCGGCUGACAGCUGAGCUGCAAGACACCAAGCUUCAUCUAGAGGGUCACCAGGGGCGCAACCAUGAGCUUGAGAAGAAACAGCGGAGGUUUGACUCUGAGCUGACACAGGCUCAGGAAGAGGCACAGAGGGAGAAGGUUGUAAAGGAGAAACUGAGCAGAGAAAAGGAUAUGCUCACCUCUGAGGUGUUCACCCUCCGACAACAGCUGGAGGAGAAAGACUCGGAGAUCACAGUCUUGGCACUCAAGGUCGACCAGUUGGAGGCAGAACUUCAGGACCUCUCAUCACAGGAGUCCAAGGAUGAAGCUUCUCUAUCAAAGGUCAAGAAACAACUGCGAGACUUAGAGGCCAAAGUUAAAGACCAAGAAGAAGAACUUGAUGAACAGGCUGGAACCAUUCAAAUGCUGGAGCAGUCCAAACUGCGUUUGGAGAUGGAGAUGGAAAGGCUCCGGCAGUCACACUCCAAGGAACUAGAGAACAAAGAUGAUGAUGUGGAGGAGAUUCGACAGUCUUGUCAGAAAAAGCUGAAACAGAUGGAAGUUCAAUUAGAGGAGGAAUAUGAGGACAAACAGAAGGUACUAAGAGAGAAGAGAGAUCUGGAGAGCAGAUUAAAUUCCGUUAGUGAACAGGCCAGCCAUCGUGACUUUGAGACUGAGAAACGUCUGAGAAAAGAUCUGAAGAGAACCAAAGCUCUACUUGCUGAUGCUCAGAUUAUGCUCGACCACCUAAAGAACAAUGCCCCCAGCAAGCGUGAGAUUGCACAGCUAAGAAGUCAGCUGGAGGAGUCUGAAUUUACCAGUGCCGCAGCAGUAAAAGCUCGUAAGUCUAUGGAAGCAGAAAUUGAGGAUCUUCAUCUUCAGAUUGAUGAUAUUUCUAAAGCUAAGACAGCGCUAGAGGAACAAGUUAGCCGCCUGCAGAGAGAGAAGAAUGAGCUACAAAGUAGAAUGGAGGAGGACCAGGAGGACAUGAAUGAGCUGAUGAAGAAACAGAAGGCAGCCGUGGCUCAGUCCUCCCGAGACCUGGCACAGAUCAAUGACCUGCAGUCUCAACUGGAAGAAGCCAGUAAAGAGAGGCAAGAGAUGCAAGAAAAGUUACAAGGCUUGCAGAGUCAGCUGGAGUUCCUGGAGCAGUCGAUGGUGGAUAAAUCUGUAGUAAGCAGACAGGAGGCUAAAAUCCGAGAACUAGAAACUCGGCUGGAAUUUGAGAGAACACAAGUGAAACGCAUGGAGAGUUUGGUUGGCCGGUUAAAAGAAAACACAGAGAAGCUGACAGAAGAGCGAGAUCAGCGAGCUGCUGCAGAGAUCCGAGAGAAGGAGCAAAAUAAGAGGAUACAGCGACAAAUCAGAGACAUGAAGGAGGAAACGGGAGAACUGGCCAAAAAAGAGGCAGAAGCCAGUCGCAAAAGACAUGAACUGGAGAUGGAUCUGGAGAGCUUGGAAGCUGCAAAUCAGAGUUUGCAGUCAGAUCUGAAACUUGCCUUUAAGCGCAUUGGAGAUCUUCAAGCUGCCAUUGAAGAUGAGAUGGAGAGCGAUGAUAAUGAAGACCUCAUUAACAGUCUACAGGACAUGGUGACCAAGUAUCAUAAACGCAAGAAUAAAAAUGAUGGAGAUUCAGAUGCAGAUUCGGAGCUUGAUGAUCGAGUGGAUGGUGUAAAGUCUUGGCUGUCUAAGAACAAAGGUUCUUCCAAAGCCUUCUCAGAUGAUGGCAGUUUAAAGAGCUCAAGACUUAGCCAAAGUACAGAUUUAAAAGAAGGAAAGGAAGCCAAGCCAGUCAAACAAGGGAAAGAGCUGGAGGAGAGACCAGUGUCUGUAAUGAGUUCCCUGAGUUAUAGAAAGAGAGCAGUUAUUAAAGACUCCAUAGGUGGUAAAGGCGAUGAGGAUUCACUAUUCUCAACGCUAAAAGAGAGGCCCGAGUCCCCAGAGAGAUCUUUCCGGAAGUCUCAGAAGGACUCUACAGCAAGUGUCCUUGAUGAUACGUUAUCAGUGAGUUCCUGGAGAAAAUCUCAAGGCAGUGAAGAUCUAGAUGAUCGUUCAUCUAUGGUUUCUCAAGCAUUUACUGAGGCAUCCAGUAGGGCAAGGAAAGGACUUGACAAGAGGUGGUCAAUUGCAAGCCCUGAAUUUGAUAAAGUGUCUGUUGUGUCAAGUCGCCUCUCUAGCAGGCGGGGUUUGGAAGAUGAAGAUGACACAAAAUCAACCCUGAGCUUUGGUAUUACCAGUCCUCCAAGUCUAAGGCGAAGUACUUCCAAAUUAGAGGAGACGCGUAAUGGAUUGUCAGCUGUAAGUCCCUCACUGAGUAGGCGAUCUGACUUCAGCCUAGAAAGCCCUACUCUUGGAAACCGAUCAGACACUCGAUUGUCUAUGGCCAGAAGCAGUUUAGAUGAUUUUGAUGACUCGGUUAGUGUUGGUUUUAGUGAUAGUCGCUCUUUGUACAGCCAGCAUUCUGGGCGUAGUUUUUCUGUACCUCCCCAAGCAAGGACACCAGGGGCAGAAGACAAUGAAUUGGAAAGCCGAGAUCUUCAGCCAGUGUCUCAUCGUAAUUACUUAGAUCCAGAUCUGGAGGCUGCAAUCAAUGAGGUCCUGAGCUAUAAGCCUAUCAAGUUCCAGAGAAAGAGUCUUGAUCCUGAUUCUGAUGAAGAUGAUUCAAAAAGUGUACGGAGUAUGAAAAGCUUACACAGAGAAAAAGGAGAAUCAUCUUCUGGACUCAAGAGGUCAGCCUCAGCUAUGGAAUUCUCUCGGGCACCAAGCAGGAAGAGCAGAGUUCGAAAAAGUAGUUCUGAAUCAGAAUCUGAGGAUGAUCGCAAAAAGAAGAGUUCUAAAAAACGCUCCAAGAAAUCCAAGAAGAAGUCAAAGAAGAAAGAAUCUGAAUCCUCUUCCUCAUCAUCAUCAUCUGAGUCAGACUCCUCAUCUGGUUCUACAGUAUCAUACCGUAGUGGAGGUAGUGUGAAAAAAGGGCCCAAGAAAAGGGACCCAGAUGAAGAUCUUCAAAAUGACAAGAAAGAUGAGAAAAACACUAAGCAGUCAAAAAAGGAGGAUAAAAAGAGGAAGAAGCAGGUUGACAGUCUCGUGAUGAAAUAUUUAUACCGGCCAGAAAGCGAUUAA